AUGCGUCAUCUGGAAUGGGAUGAUUUGGGAGUGAAGAUCGACGGCCGCCACCUACAUCACCUCCGCUUUGCAGACAACAUCGCACUUAUAACACCGAACAUCGAGCAGGCGGAACGAUUGCUGGCCUUGUUUGACAGUGUUUGUGGAAGGAUCGGCUUGAGACGUAACUUAACGAAGACGAUGUUUAUGAAAAACGGAUUGGUACCUGAUGCUCCCUUCAUGCUAAACGGAAAGAACAUCUCCGAUUGCUCUAGCUAUGUGUAUCUAGGUCGGGAAGUCAACAUGAUGAACGACCUAGCUCCGGAGGUGUGCAGAAGGAAACGCGCUGCGGGAGCAUUUAAGAAUAACCAGAGAGUAGAGAAGAAGACAAAGAACAUCGGGCUCCGCGCUCACCUUUUCGACACUGCUGUCCUUCCUGCUUUGAUGUAUGCCUCGGAGACUUUAGCUCUACGAAAGCAGGAUGAGCAGGUUGUCAGCGUUACUCAACGCGCUUUGGAAAGGACAAUGGUUGAAAUUUCCCUAUACACGCAAGUGCAAAAGGGAAUCCGGUGUUUCGAACUCCGUCAUCGAACGAAGAUCGAGCAUGCCGUUGAUUACGCCAGGAAAUCCAAGAUCACGUGGGUCAGACACGUUAUACGAUAUAGUGAUGACCGUUGGACCAGGAGGGUUACUGACUGGUUCCCUCGGGACAUCAACGAACUCAAGGACGGCCACCAACGAGGUGAUCAGACUUCUUCACGAAAGCUCUGA